GGCAGGAACAACCAGAGACUUCCCUCUGUCCUUUGCAGAGCACGACGUCGACUUCGGCUUUGGCCUUUUCCUCCAGACUUCGCACUGUCCUGCUGAUCCAAAGCAACUGCUCUUCCUCUACCCAUUUCCCCAUUGGCACUCUCAAUUUCCCCCCCACACAAUACCGUUCACUCCCUCUUGCAAGCCUUCAACGCCUCUGCCAGAGGUCUAAGCAUAUCUGGGGCCACCGUUACCCUCUCUGCCACGUGUGAUUGACCCUCAAUCACGGUAUAUUCUGUGGUACCUCAUCAUAUUGUACCUGGCUCCGCGUCUUCGAAGCACUUGUACAUCGACGCUCGUCAGAGACAUCACCGAUCUCGACCAAGAUGGUUCUCUCGCUAUCGUACCGCCGUCCGGCCUAUGUUACGUCCUCCCGCGAUUCGGUCGACUCCGAGUCUGAUGGCCGAGUCGAGUCCAUCAAUUCCGGCUCCAGCUGCCCCUAUGGCAUUCCAGACGCCCUCUCCUUCGAUAGGAUUAUCAGCGGCGGAACAUGUCCUCCCGUGACCACGCGUGAAUUCAUGGACUUCCUCCGCUACAUUGAGUAUGACGCCGAGAACCUCCAAUUCUAUCUGUGGUACCAUGACUAUUGCAAGCGCUUCGACGAACUUCCCGACAGCGAGAAGAAGCUUGCUCCCGAGUGGACCGCAGAUCAAGCGUUGGCGGAGAAGACGCAUGCUGAAAAGGAGAAGCUUCCGAGAAAGAUGGCAAGCGCUGCCGCCGAGGUGUUGAAAGGGACCGACUUCGAUCCCAAUGCGAAAGUCCCUGCGCCAGACGCCGCUCCAAACCCAUUCAACACCCCUCCCAGGACCCCUUCAGCCACUGCCACAGACCACGGCAGCCUCGUCCCGUCGACUCUCGGCUACAGCGAGGAUGCUACAACCCUUAGAGCGGGAUCGACUGAGCAUGGAAAGAGAGCCGAGGCAGCAUUUGAAGAAGCGGGAACCCUUCAGCCUUUCACCAUCCAACCUUUCCGUGAGGAAAUCACGCGCAUCAUCGCCAUCUACAUAGCUGAUCGUGGGGCGAGAUUGCUCAAUCUGUCGGCCAAGGAGAAAGCCGUCUUGCUGAAGGCACUAUCCGUCACUACUCACCCUUCAGCAUUUCGCGAUGUCAUUGCCACGGUGGAAUGGACUCUUCGUCAUCAGGCGCAUCCCAAUUUCAUCCGCUGGACGAUUUGCAACGGCAACAAACCGAGACAAGCCUUUGCACGGUUCCUGGGUGUAGCUGGGAUCGUUGGCGGCAUCGUCUACGGGAUUGUCAUCACACUCAGCUCCGCUAAUCGAGGCUGGAGGGCUUUGGUCUUCCUCGGUCUCUUUAUUGGCGUUGCAACUCUCUUUGCCGCCUGGAAGGGCAUGUGCGUUGUUCUACAUGGCAUGCAUCAUCGACAUCUUCGGCCGUGGGAGCUUUUCGGCGAUGAAGACGAAGCUUCGUCUGAAAAGAAAAGCUCAUUUGACAGCUUGGGCUCCUCCAAUAGCUAUGAAGAUGAGCCCUGGGUGGCCAAAUACGAGAAACGCAACAUCAUACGCAAGAUCUUCGAUCGUGAAGUCUGGAUUCAGGAGCCUGCGUUGCGUCAGAUCCAAGACACCAUCUUCGUCCAAGCUCUCAUUACUGCAUUUGUCAUCGGGGCCAUCACGACUGCUGUGUUCCUCGCGGUACCCCGCGGCAACUUCUACUGAUCAUUCCGAUCGAGGUCAAUUGGUAUUGUGAUUUGGGGAGGGGCAAGCAACCAAAAGUACGUCCUUCAGGGAACGUUGCCGAUAGCUCCCUCAACGUGAUUAGGUAUAUUGUUAAAAGGAGUGGGCUGGGCCGGGUAUACGGCAAAGGCGAGAAGACCUUGAUUUGCAUGCAGUAACCACAUGUCGGUCAGAUAAGUGGAGUUUUUGCGUGGCAAGGAGACGCGAAUCGUGCUUGAGGAUCUGGACUGGAAAAAUGUUUAGGUGGGUUAAGCGGUCGGAGUCUGGCCUGUAUCUUGUCAAACUGAAGACGUAUGUAUUUCUUAUCAUGUGAGACGGCACCCGAACUAUGAAUCGUCAAGGCAAUAACUAUAUACCAAUGUCCAUCACCACAAGCACGUGAGAGCAGUUCUACCAGCGGCUCAGAC